GGAUGCGAAGUAGCCGGCGGCAAGAGAGACAGAGGGUGAGAGUGAGUGACACACAGAGAGAAACAACAGAGAGAGGAGCGGGAAAGCAAAGGAGGGGAGUCAUAAAAUAACCGGUGUUGGGCUUAAUUGAGCGUCUGCCAUCCAGGUUCGCGCAGACUCAACGGCGGAGAUUCAGCGGAAGAAAAAGUUCAGAUCCCACGAACCAGCGCGUGGGAGUGGGAAGCAGGAUCGUGACUGACUGAGGCAAGCCCCACUGUCUGUCUCAUCAUGGCAGGACCUGGAGGUGACAUGCAGUGGUGCUUCUCUCAGGUGAAAGGAGCCAUUGAUGACGACGUAGCUGAGGCGGACAUCAUAUCCACAGUUGAGUUCAACCACACAGGGGAGCUGCUGGCCACAGGGGACAAGGGUGGGCGUGUAGUCAUUUUCCAGCAGGAAAUAGAGAAUAAGAAUCAGCCUCAGUUCCGGAGCGAAUACAAUGUUUACAGCACUUUUCAGAGCCAUGAGCCAGAGUUUGACUACUUGAAGAGUUUGGAAAUAGAAGAGAAGAUCAAUAAGAUUCGCUGGCUUCCUCAGAAGAAUGCCGCUCAGUUUCUGUUGUCAACUAAUGAUAAGACAAUUAAGUUGUGGAAAAUCAGUGAACGAGACAAGAGACCAGAGGGCUAUAAUCUCAAAGAGGAGGAUGGACGCUACAAAGACCCCAACACUAUCACAUCACUGCGGGUACCAGUUUUAAUACCCAUGGACCUCAUGGUGGAAGCCAGUCCACGAAGGGUGUUUGCCAAUGCCCACACCUACCAUAUUAACUCUAUCUCAGUCAACAGUGACAAUGAGACUUACUUGUCUGCAGAUGACCUCCGCAUCAACCUCUGGCACCUGGAGAUCACUGACCGCAGCUUCAAUAUUGUUGACAUUAAACCGGCCAAUAUGGAGGAGCUAACAGAGGUGAUCACAGCAGCAGAGUUCCAUCCUCAUCAGUGUAACACCUUUGUCUACAGCAGCAGCAAAGGAACCAUCCGUCUGUGCGACAUGAGGGUUUCAGCACUGUGUGACAAGCACUCCAAAUUGUUUGAGGAACCAGAAGAUCCAAGUAAUCGCUCCUUCUUCUCUGAGAUCAUAUCCUCAAUCUCAGAUGUUAAGUUUAGUCACAAUGGACGCUACAUGAUGACCAGAGACUACUUGUCCGUGAAGAUUUGGGACCUGAACAUGGAGAACAGGCCAGUGGAGACCUAUCAGGUUCAUGAGUACCUGAGGAGCAAGCUGUGCUCGCUCUACGAGAAUGACUGCAUCUUUGACAAGUUUGAAUGCUGCUGGAAUGGCAAUGACAGUGUGGUGAUGACUGGCUCAUACAACAACUUCUUCCGGAUGUUUGAUCGUGGCCAUAGGCGGGAUGUAACCCUGGAGGCAUCCCGAGAAAACAGCAAGCCCAUGCAGGUCUUAAAGCCCCGCAAGGUGUGCGCAGGUGGCAAACGCAAGAAGGAUGAAAUCAGCGUGGACAGUUUGGACUUCAACAAGAAGAUCCUUCACACUGCCUGGCAUCCCCAGGACAACAUCAUCGCAGUGGCGACAACCAACAACCUCUACAUAUUCCAGGAUAAAGUAAACUAACUGCGGGUGAGCUUACAUGAAAUCUGGCGUAGGUGACGUCACGUGUUCCACCUGCAGCCUCACAGCCUCAUCCAGAGAGUGAUCUGUGGUAACGCCGAUAACCAGCAUCCCUGUCCGUCGCUACUGGGUGACCAGACUUUGCCACUUUGUUUUAGAUGUGGACAGAGGAAGCCUCGCUCUUGCCCAUCAUCAGCCUGUCUGUGGCAGAGUGACACCUGCCUUGUUGUUUAAGUGAUGUUGUGCCAAUUUUUUUCCUUUGAUAUGUUUUUUUUUUUUUUUUUUUUUUUUGGGUCAGCCCUCUCGCCCUUUUCUUCCCCUGGGGUAAUAUGGGUAAACCAGUUUAAUUUCCUUAAAAUUCUGAAUACAGACACUUAUUUUUAUAACUUUUUCCCCCAAUUGCUCUGUGGUAGAAAAUGAAAAACAAUUAUUUAGUAUGUCCCCUUAUUGUCCUGUGCCAUUGUAGUGUUUAUUUUUCUAAGAAAAAUUUGCUGUUCUUUUCUUUGUGUAUACACCUUUUUAAUAAUUCAUCUGUUAUACUGUCAUAGUAUUCUUUGAGUCUCUUCUCGUGUCUCCUCUCUUCCAUUAAACCAUGCAUACUCAACAGUCACAAAACUAUGAUUACAGUUUUCUUUACACACUUGCUCCUCAGACUGGACAGCAACACCUCAGCGGUUGCCUCCAGAAGUUUGAGAAGUUCUGUGUGUUUUCACAGAUUCAAAGCCUGGUCCAGUGAGGCAUCAUCCCACUCACUGUCACUGUGCUUUAGGCUCUGGCUGGCCAGAUAGGUCUAGUCUUUUUUUUUUUUUUUCCCCGAUUGGCUCUGUGUCUUGACAUCUGUGUGCAUUGGUUCCUCUUUCUCCUUCAGUUUUGUAUUCAACAAUAGUCAGGUUUAAGAGAUAGCCUAUUCAAAGAUAAUUAUUAUGAUUGUCAUAUCAUAUUUAUAUUAAAAGAGUUAAAACGUCAUCAGAUUUGUUCCGUCCUAUUUUGUGAAAUGAAGCUGGACCUCACAUUUUUUUUUUUUUUUUUUUUUUUGAGUGAUCUUAAGUAUUGUCUUCCCAUGGUGUAUCACAGCUCUGAAGCAGUACUUCACAACAGGGAAAACCUUUGAUUUGACACUGGACUCUUACUGCACCAACUAAAGUACUUGGAUGUCUGUGUUGUAAGACUGCAGUUUAAAAGAAAACAUUAUUUGAGGCAUUAAGUCCCUUAAAGUGUUUGUUUAAACUACUGCAGACAUUAUUACUGCUACUGUAUGUGAUGGUACAAUAAGCUGCACGAGGAUUUGCAGCAGUUGAUGUCUCCACACCAUAUUUAAAAUGUGGACAGUUCAGACUAUAUUGAUGCCUCUAGUAAUGUAUAUCUACAAUUUUAAUCUAUGACAGUGAAGAUAAUAAAGGAACUACUUUUUG